AUGGAAGAGAGGACUUCAGGAGGGCCUUGGGAAGGCGAAAGGGAGGUGGCAGAAGGCCUGAGGGUGGCCAAGAGUGGUCGAAGGCGGAAGAGGGGUGGUGGCGAGGUGGAAGAGAGGUGGGGUUGGGUGGAAAAGAUUCCAGAUUUUUUUCUGUCAAUUGAGCAUUAUCUUGGUUCUUUUAUGUUCCCUUUAUUAGAGGAAACACGUGCUGCAUUAUGUGCAAGCAUGGAGGUAAUUUCAGAGGCCCCAGUAGGAGAAGUAACCUCCCUUGCAGAGUCUAAGCCUUAUGGUUCACUCUUAUAUCAGAUCAAUGUUGACUCUUGGAAGAACAAGUUGAGAUUAGGUGGCAAGGAAGAAUACAGAGCUAAGGCUGGGGAUAUUUUUGUUUUUUCAGAUAUAAUACCUGAAACUGUUUCUGAUUUACAAUGUUAUGGGAGAUCUUGGACUUUUGCUGCAGUAAUUUAUGCUACUGACUAUGAACAAUCAGAAGAGGGCUCAGGUGUUUCUUUACAAGUCAAGGCUUCUAGUGCUAUCGAAGUCAAAGAUGGGAUGCAGAAUUCACUUUUUGCAAUUUUUCUGGUAAAUUUAACAACAAAUGACCGAAUAUGGGCUGCUUUGAAAGGGAUAGGAAACUUGAAGAUUAUGGAGAAUAUUCUUGGUGACAAUCUUAAGGCUGAGAAAUUCUGCAAUAUCUGUUCUCUUUGGGAUGAAAGAUUUGUGAAGGGCAUAUUACCCGAGUUGAGUGAGUCCCAAACCGACGCCGUACUACACUCUAUUUUGGCAAUGCAGUGCAAUCACGAGUAUUUUGUUAAGCUUAUCUGGGGUCCACCAGGAACAGGAAAAACAAAAACGGUCAGUUCAUUGCUUUGGAGUGCCUUAAGAAUGAAGUGCAGAACUCUGGCAUGUGCUCCAACAAACAUUGCAGUUAAGCAGGUGGCCUCACGUGUCCUUAUGCUGGUUAGAAGUUUCAGGCAAGCUGAAUAUGGAAUGAAUAGCACAUGUUGUUCAUUGGGGGAUGUGCUGUUGUUUGGAAGUGAGGAUCGGUUGAAAGUGGGUGAUGAUCUUGAGGAAAUAUUUAUCAAUUAUCGGGUGGAUAGGUUUGUGGAAUGCUUUGGAAGACUAACUGGGUGGAAGCAUCGCUUUACAUCCAUGAUAGAUUUUCUUGAAAAUUGUGUUCCACAGUACAAUAUUUACUUAGAAAAUAAACUAAGCCAGGUUCAUGAAGCUUGUGAGGAGAACAAAACUAGCAAAGAUGGUCUGUCAUUUCUUGAUUUCACACGGAAAUGGUUUAAGGAAGUUGCACAACCAGUACGAGAAUGUGUCAGGGUAUUAUCCACCCAUCUGCCCAAACAUCUUAUCUUGGCACAGAUUUUCCAAUGCACAAUUUCUUUGCUUUAUUUGCUGGAGUCCUUUGAAAUUAUGUUGUUUCAAGAUGAUGUGGUUGAGAAAGAGCUUGAAGAACUCUUUUUACAUUCAGAAGAAGUUGGAAUUGCAAUGCCUCCUUUGGUUAAACUUGAGCCUCAAUGUAUUAAUUGUUCCAAAUCAGACAUUUUGUUGAAGAUCAGAAACACUCUAAGAUCUCUUCAUGAUUCUGUCAUGAAUCUUGAUCUGCCCCAAUCUAUGAACAAAGGUUCAAUAAGAAAACUAUGUUUUCAGUCUGCUUCUUUAAUUUUCUGCACAGCAUCAAGUUCAUAUAAGUUGCAUUCUUUAGAAAUGGAGCCUCUGAAUUUACUAGUUAUUGAUGAAGCUGCUCAGUUGAAGGAAUGUGAAUCAGUAAUACCUUUACAACUCCCAGGCAUACGACAUGCUAUUCUCAUUGGUGAUGAGUGUCAGCUUCCUGCAAUGGUUGAAAGCAAGGUAUCUAGUGAAGCUGGUUUUGGAAGGAGUCUGUUUGAGAGAUUGAGUGUACUCGAGCAUCCAAAGCACCUUCUUAAUAUGCAGUAUAGGAUGCAUCCUGAAGUCAGUAUUUUUCCAAACGCAAGGUUCUACUGCAACCAGAUCUUGGAUGCACCAAGUGUUCAGGAUAAAAGUUAUGAGAAACACUAUCUUCCUGGACCUAUGUAUGGCCCUUACUCAUUCAUAAAUAUCCGUGAUGGAAGAGAGAUAUUAGAUGAUGUUGGACGUAGUCGAAAAAAUCUGGUUGAGGUAGCUGUUGUUGUAAAAGUAUUGCGUAAUCUUUAUAAAGGUAUGUUCUGGUUGUAGGAUUUUUGGUAGAGCUGUGAAUGGAGUGAUUUCAAAG